AUGAUGCGUGGUUUCAAACAAAGAUUGAUUAAGAAGACCACUGGUUCUUCUUCUUCAAGCAGUAAAAAGAAGGACAAAGAGAAGGAAAAAGAAAAAGAAAAGGCUUCAACCACUCCAUCGGCGUCGAAGAAGCCCAUUGUAGCUACGACUCCUACCCACGGUGCCACCAGCAGUGCCGGAUCAAGGUCUACAACUGAAAAGAGUAAGGGAUCGGGUAGCAUUCCCUCGCAAGGCAAACACCAUGGUAGCUCCACUUCGAAAACAAAAACGGCCGCCACUCCUUCUUCCAGCAGUAGUAGUAGCAGUAGGAGCUCAAGCGUCAGUCGCUCCGGUUCAAGUUCCACAAAGAAAACAAGUUCAAGGAAAGGGCAAGAACAGAUCAAACAGUCACAGCAGCAAUCGCAAUCUCAGAAGCAGGGAUCUUCUUCAUCUUCUGCAUCAUCUUCUACUGCUGUAAUAAGUUCUACCCCAGUGCUUACAGUCACUAAGGACGACAAAAGUACGUCUGAUGAAGACAAUGCCCACCCUACAUUAGUGGCUGCGGCAUCCGCUGUUCCAUCUUCUCCGAUUUCAAGCACUACGGGGGGGACAGUAGUCUUUUCAGACGUGGAAAAUGGUAUUAGCAACAACAGAAGUAUGAGUACUAGUAGUGGUAAUGUUCUGGAUGCAAAUCACUCCUCUUCUCAAAAUAUUGACAUUCCGAGAUCAUCACACUCAUUCGAAAGACUACCAACACCCACAAAACUUAACCCUGAUACAGAUUUGGAAUUAAUCAAGACUCCUCAACGCCACUCUUCAUCAAGAUUUGAACCCUCUAGGUACACGCCACUGACAAAAUUGCCGAAUUUCAAUGAAGUGUCCCCCGAAGAAAGGAUUCCCUUGUUCAUUGCUAAAGUUGACCAGUGUAAUACUAUGUUUGACUUUAAUGAUCCAAGUUUCGACAUUCAAGGUAAAGAAAUCAAAAGGAGCACCUUGGAUGAGCUAAUAGAAUUUCUUGUGACAAACAGAUUUACCUAUACAAAUGAGAUGUAUGCUCACGUGGUAAACAUGUUCAAAGUUAAUUUAUUCAGACCUAUUCCGCCGCCAGUAAAUCCGGUUGGCGAUAUUUAUGACCCAGAUGAAGACGAGCCGGUCAAUGAAUUGGCCUGGCCUCAUAUGCAGGCUGUUUAUGAAUUUUUCUUAAGAUUCGUGGAAAGCCCCGAUUUUAAUCAUCAGAUUGCCAAACAGUAUAUUGACCAAGACUUCAUUUUAAAAUUACUAGAGCUAUUUGAUAGCGAAGAUAUCAGAGAAAGGGACUGCUUGAAAACAACGUUACACAGGAUAUACGGGAAAUUUUUAUCCUUGAGAAGCUUCAUUCGUCGCUCAAUGAACAAUAUUUUUCUACAGUUUAUUUAUGAAACUGAGAAAUUUAACGGUGUGGCAGAGUUGUUAGAAAUCUUGGGCUCGAUCAUUAACGGGUUUGCACUACCUUUGAAGGAAGAGCACAAAGUCUUUUUGGUGAGGAUAUUGAUCCCAUUGCACAAGGUCCGUUGUUUAUCAUUAUAUCACCCGCAAUUGGCGUACUGUAUUGUACAGUUUCUCGAAAAAGACCCCUUAUUAACUGAAGAAGUGGUCAUGGGUCUAUUACGCUAUUGGCCAAAAAUCAAUUCAACAAAGGAAAUAAUGUUUUUGAAUGAAAUCGAGGAUAUAUUUGAAGUUAUUGAACCAUUGGAAUUUAUCAAGGUCGAAGUGCCAUUAUUUGUUCAACUAGCCAAGUGUAUUUCUUCUCCACAUUUCCAAGUAGCGGAAAAAGUUCUAAGUUAUUGGAACAAUGAAUACUUUCUGAAUCUAUGUAUUGAAAAUGCCGAAGUUAUCCUGCCCAUUAUAUUUCCUGCAUUAUAUGAGUUAACUUCUCAAUUAGAGCUGGAUACAACAAAUGGUGAAGAUAGCAUUUCAGACCCGUACAUGCUUGUUGAGCAGGCUAUUAAUUCUGGUUCGUGGAACAGGGCAAUUCACGCAAUGGCAUUCAAAGCGUUGAAAAUUUUUUUGGAAACAAAUCCAGUAUUAUAUGAAAACUGUAAUGCAUUGUACUUAUCGAGUGUAAAAGAAACACAGCAGCGCAAAGCGCAACGUGAGGAAAGCUGGAGCAAACUAGAAGAAUAUGUAAAAAGUCUGAGAAUUAAUAAUGACAAAGACCAACAUACAGCCAACGAGAGAAAGAAUCAGGAAUUGAGAAAUACUUUCAAUACAGGCAAUGAAGAUAACAUAUUGAAUGAGGAGAAUGAAAAUGAUUCUGACAACGAUAUACAGUGA